AUGUUCGAAGUUCUAUCACAAACUGCUGAUGACGAAUGGCCCGAGUUGGGUCAGUCUGCGGCUCAGGAAGUGACAAAAGCCAAGGUUCCUGUGAAGUCUAAGUCUAAGCGAAAAUGGAAGCGUUUGGACGAAGAAGACUUAGCAAAGAUGGAAGAGUCGGAAAAUACUGGUCCCGUUCAGGAAACGGGAGUGCAAACUGGUUCGCCUCCCAAGGAACCUGCCGUCAUCGAGCCAGUUGCCAAUGACGCUUCUCGGUCGAGGAAGCUAAACGGUGUCGGCGAACCUCAAUCCAGAAAAAUAACCACAGAAUUCAAUGAUUGUGGUGGUGCUCCUUGCCUGUUCGUUAGACCAGAUUAUGCUGGCUUCGAAAUUCCUGUGACAAUUCCCAGGCCUGGCUUCAAUCCAAAUAUUGUCAGUCAUUAUAGAAAUUUUGGAAGAUGUGUGCAGACCUGUGGCUGCCGAUCCCCUGGUUGUCUGAUCUGCGAGGGUGAGCGUCUCGCACGAAUUAAAUAUCAGGUGGAAUACUAUUUCGGAGACAGGAACUUUGGUCGUGACAGUUACCUGCAGAGCCAGAUUACGGAUGAUCGCUAUGUACCGGUCAAAGUUGUUUUGGAUUUUCCACGUAUGCGACAGUUGGGGACCACUCUGGAGGAUCUUGUUAAGGUGCGUACCUAUUUUUUAUGCAAUGUUCAAGAUAACUGUCAACCCGUACCACCACCGGACACCGAAAAUGUUUCGUCUACCCCACCUGAAGAUACUUGGCAGACUGUUGAACGUCGUGUGAAGCGUACCCGAAACCGUUCUUCAUGUGAAGGACCCGAGGAGGCUCCCAAGCCAUCCACUUCCCAGCGUUCACAGGCUCAGUCCAGAUCGCGUCUACAUUCAACUUGUUCGGAACAGAGCGAUGCUGACGAGGACGAACUUCUUAAUUAUCUCGUUGUCAUUGUUCCUGAGCGUGCGAGCGGCCGAGAGCAGAAGCACACUACUAUGCACGCAUCCGCUGAGGACCUAGAAAGUGAUGUGCGUAAAGGAACUGCUGCUCUUUCCAUCCCGGAGUCACGCUCAAAAUCUACAUCUGCUAGUCUUCAAGCUUCACCCUGUCCACCUCAAAAGCUUGCUCAGUCCUCCAGCGAUUAUUUAAGCACUUCGGGAGUAUCUUCUCGUUUGCUUAUGAAGCACCCUGGUGGGGAUCGACACCCCAAUCCAGAUUACCAGUCGAGGGCAAAAACUCAAGCAGAUCUGGCAAGAGAGAUCAAACAUGGCCUCGAGGUUUAUCAAAAAAGCAUCCGUCGUCAGCGCUGUCGGUCUUACCAGCAGUUGGGUUUUGAGUUUGAUUUCGAGUCGGACGGGUACAUUAGUUCCAGAACAGACUCUUUCACUGACCUUUCUGGAGGUGAGGACCGUUUCUCGGAGCAAAAGGCAAACAAGGUCCAGCUGGUGUCCCCAGAAGAGUUUGCCAGCUUAAAGCGCGCAGCUGAGGAGGAGGAAAAGGAGGACUACAAACAGACCGCCGCGUUCAAGCAUGAAAGCACCCAGGCAACUACACCACCAUCA